CAGAAUCAAACAGCGGCGGAGCUCAGCACUUCCUCAAAACCCACUGAAGAGUUUGAAGUCGACGCUCUUGCAAAAAAACAAGGAGAAAAAAAAAGCGCGGUUUGAAACACCGAACCAAGGCACCGACUCGCCGCAAACAAACCACUCUCCAGUUCGGCAGAGGAGGAGGCUUCGGUGAGUGGUCACCAUGGCACCCUUCCUGCGUAUCGCUCUCAACGCUUAUGACGUGGGCGCUCUGACUCCUCUGACUGACCCUCCCAUCUGUGCCGUCAAGAUGAAGGAGUCUGUCAACACAGAGCGAGGAAAGACCUUGGUUCAGAGGAAGCCCACCAUGUAUCCCGCUUGGAAGUCCACUUUUGAUGCUCACGUCGUUGACGGGCGAGUCAUAGAAGUGGAUCUCAUGCAGAGCACUGAGGAGCCAUUGGCCAAGGCUACAGUGGGUGUGUCUGUGCUGGCAGAACGCUGCAAGAAGUCAAAAACCAGUGGACGUGCUGAGUUUUGGGUGGAUCUGCACCCUUCAGGAAGGAUUCAGAUGGCUGUGCAGUUUUUCCUGGAGGACAUUGAUGCAGUUUCGUGUAAGUCAUCAGUGAAGGUUUGUCCUGAAGAUGGAGCCACGACCCUCAACAGGAGGAGAGGAGCUUUCAAGCAGCCCAAGGUUCAUUUUAUCAAGAACCACGAGUUCACCGCCACCUUCUUCGGCCAGCCCACCUUCUGCUCUGUCUGCAGAGAGUUUCUCUGGGGGCUCAACAAGCAAGGGUACAAGUGCAGGCAAUGCAAUGCGGCAAUCCACAAGAAAUGCAUCGAAAUAAUCAUCGGCAGGUGCACCGGAACAGCGGCCAACAGUCGUGACACUGUGUUUCAGAAAGAACGUUUCAAGAUUGAUAUGCCUCAUCGCUUCAAGUACUACAACUACAAGAGCCCCACGUUCUGUGACCACUGUGGCAGUCUGCUGUGGGGUCUCUACAGGCAGGGCCUUAAAUGUGAAGAUUGUGGCAUGAACGUACAUGGCACCUGUCAAACGAAAGUGGCCAAUCUGUGUGGAAUCAAUCAGAAGCUACUGGCUGAGGCUCUCUCUCAAGUCUCCCAGAAAUCUAUGAAGAAGCCUGAUAACUCUGGUGGAGACAUUGGAAUCUAUCAAGAUGUCCGAAGUGCAACAGCGGACCCUAGUGCCGAUGACAACGGGAAGGGCUCGCGACCUGCCCCAACCCCAACUACAGUUUCCCGGGUACGCCUCACCCUCAACCACCUGGUGUUCCACAAGGUGCUGGGAAAAGGCAGCUUUGGCAAGGUGCUGCUGGCAGAGCUGAAGGGUCAGGGUCAGUACUUUGCAGUGAAGGUUCUGAAGAAAGAUGUCGUGCUGAUGGAUGAUGAUGUGGAGUGCACCAUGGUGGAGAAACGUGUCCUGGCCCUCGCCUGGGAGAACCCUUUCCUCACUCACCUCUACUCAACAUUCCAGUCUAAAGAGCACCUCUUCUUUGUAAUGGAGUACCUGAAUGGAGGCGACCUGAUGUUUCACAUCCAAGAGAAAGGCCGCUUUGAUAUCAACAGAGCUACAUUCUACGCUGCUGAGAUUGUAGUGGGACUGCAGUUCCUCCAUUCAAAAGGAAUUAUCUACAGAGAUCUGAAGCUGGACAAUGUGAUGCUGGACAGGGACGGACACAUAAAGAUAGCAGACUUUGGCAUGUGUAAAGAGAACGUGUUUGGAGAGGCCAGAGCCACCACUUUCUGUGGAACACCAGAUUAUAUCGCACCAGAGAUCCUGCUAGGACAGAAGUACACAUUCUCAGUGGACUGGUGGUCUUUUGGUGUGCUGGUAUACGAGAUGCUGAUUGGUCAGUCACCUUUCCAAGGGGACGAUGAGGACGAGCUGUUUGAAUCAAUCAGGUCGGACGUCCCUCACUACCCUCGGUGGAUCACCAAGGAGUCCAAGAACCUGCUUGAACUGUUGUUUGAGCGAGAUCCCACUCGCAGACUGGGUGUGGUGGGAAACAUCCGUCAGCACCCGUUCUUCAAAGUCAUCAACUGGCCAGUGCUGGAGAGGAGAGACGUGGACCCUCCUUUCAAGCCUAAAGUGAAAUCCCCCAGUGACUGCAGCAACUUUGACCGAGAGUUCCUGAGCGAGAAGCCGCGUCUCUCCCAUGCUGACAAAAACCUCAUUGACUCCAUGGACCAAGCAGCAUUUGCUGGCUUUUCCUUUGUCAACCCCAAACUGGAAAACUUGAUAAGCAAAUGAAACAAACAAAAUGGCGUCCUUGGAAACAUGGUCUUAGCUCAGAACUCCAAAAUAGACUCUUAACCUAUUACCUUCAUCUCCAUGUGGUCAACUGGGUUUAAGGUUAACUGUCUCAACUAUACAAGUGUAUAAAAGAGUGUAAAGCUUCAGGAAAGUAAGGGAGACUCUUAAGAAACCAGUGUUACCAUAAUCAAUGCUGGGAGGGUAGUGGAUGAUGCAUUCAGUCUUUUGUUACCUUUCUGUCAUUUUUCCAUGUGAUUACACUUUAAAUCUAUAUCAAUCAUUCAGUGUACUGUAUCGUGAAAUUUUAGUUCACAGGCAGAAGCAUGACACUCUUAUUUAAAUAUAUAUGUAUAUACGCAUACACCUGGCAUCACACAUGCAAGGUAAGAGGGUGGAGUGGUACAAACGAAAUUGACUCUCACCCUGUGUACUGUCAACUGUAUGACUCCCAGCACAUCCCAUCUGUGUGUGCUGUGUCGUACAGCAUGCAUACAAGAGUGUGGGUGUGUGCAGGUAUUUUCUGUAGAUGCAAAUGGUGCUACUGAAGCCAGUAAUAUUGUCCGUUGGCGUACGAAUCUUCUGCUAGUCCAGGCACCACAGAAUGAAUUGUACUAUAAAGGUGAAGUGAAUUUAAAUCCUUCUGAUUUAAUAAUAAUUAAUCAUUUCCUCCCUCGCUGACUGCACUGUGAAUCUGGAGAUGUAUUUCCCAGAGCGUCACACUCCUUUAAAAGAGAUAAUCUGUCUUUUUAAAUUAAUUAUGGAUGGUAGCAGUCUUAUUGUCUUUCGUGCAUCAAACCUCUAUUCUGUAUCGUUCUGUAAAUAACAUACAUUUUCCGGACACUCAUCAAACUUCCUGUAAAGAGUUGCAGCAGUGGUGUGGUACUAUACCUGUACAUCUAUAUGUGUUGAAGGAUAUUUUUAAAGGGGGGAGGGGUAUUUCACUGUAAGCACACAUCUUUAUUAUGUCGUAUAAUACUUGAAUGUAGGAAUUUUAACGUGAAAAUAAUAGUGCUCUGUACAAAAAAAAGAAGAUGUAUGUUACUAUAAGUUGUGGGUGUACUUUUUUACUCUCCUCAUCUUUUACAUUUGAUUCUAAAUAAAUGUAAUGUAAAUUGAAAAUUCA